GAGAGCCACCCGCGUAGCCCAGCCACAGAUUAAUAUUAAAUGAAGUUGCAGAUUGCUGUCGGCGGGAUAAUUGGUGCCUGCCCGAGGCUGUUCCUGCCUUGGCUGUUCAGGGUACAUGCUGGGUGGCAGGCAGGAUUUGGGGGUGUCUUGGAGAGCCCCCAGCAUGGGGUGUGCUGGCCUCUGCCUUCUCUGGGGGCUGCUCCUGCUGUAGAGCUCAGGAUGUGGAUAGAGAAGCAGGGCUGGGAGGGUGCCAAACCCUUCCAGAAAUCUGUGGAGAAACAGGAGGGAGCAGCAUCACGCCUGGGUGCCACUGGCACCCCAAAAGGUGCCAGGCAGGAGGGUGGUGGCAGUAUGGACACCUCCUCAUGGCUGGCUCAGGGUGAGGGUCUCUCUGGAGAAGGGAGAAAGCGAGCAUUCCCAAGGUUCUGGUGAGAGCGAGGUCCUGUGCCAAGCCCUGAUUCCUCCUGCUUUCCAGGAACCUCUUUGGCAGGAGUGCUGCAUCUUGGCUGCAGGAGAGACUUUGGGGUGUGAUGUUUUGGUCCCUGGGCUCAGGGUGUCAUCCAGCCUAGUGAGCUUGACAGACCCCAGAGGUCAAGGUGAGCUUCGUGCAGGGCUGGGUAGAUCUUGUAGCAUCGAAAUCCAGACCAGGGCAGCUGCAGGCACUCCAGGUUGAAGUUUGGGAUUGGGUGUGUUGGGCUGCAGCAGAGAUUUCCCCAUAUGCAGUGGAUUUAACCCUUGCCUUUCCAAAGGCAAGCAGGUUUGUCAGCUGGCUCUAGGGCUGGGCAGGGUUGGCUCUUCCAACAGCCCUGAGCUCUCCAAGGUCCACAGUACCUGUAGUGCACUCUGUGCCACUGCUGCUGCAUGGUGACACGUCCUGCUCAGCCCAGCCAGACCUAAUUAGCUUGUUGAAUCUCUUCUCCCUCCGGCCUUGUGUUAAUCACUUUUCACAUUGCUUCCUUCCCAAUUCCCUCUGGCCUGAUUUUCUCUUACUGUUGCUGAUGUGCCUGGAGAGGGGAGCAAGGAGACCCAGCUGGACAUGGAGCAGGGCCCCCACUCUGCCCCAGGAUGGGCUCUGAGCCAGCAGACAGAGGGGUAGGGGAUCACUCAGCCACAAGGAAGUGAGAAAAUCACAAGCUGAAGAAAAAGCAAGAAAUGUAGAGAGCAAAGGAGCCUAUUAGGACUGCCCCUCUUUGUAGUCCUGCUCUAUUACUGGAGGGUGAAACCUUAAAGUCCAGUGGGAGAGGCUGUGACUCUCUCGUGCAGGGUUGUGUUGGGCUGCAGGGUCCUGUGAGAGCUCAAUGAGAUCUCCUUCACCUCUCCCCUGUGAGGGGCAGGAUUAGACCCCAGGUGGGAAUAGAAGUGCCCUGGACUGAGCUCUAGGGAGUAUGGAGUCCAUGGUCCCUGGAGUGCAGUAACUGGGAUGUCAGAUGUGCCAUCCAUGCUUGGAUACAGCAUCCUGGCCCCAGGUUACAGGAAAAUGUCUCAUUUUCAAAUGUCCUGCUAAGGCAGGAGGUGGCUGUGUCAGAAGCAGCUUUUACACGAGAGAUGCAUAGACAACUGUCUGAAAACAACUUUUUAAUAACCACUGUUGCCAGGCUGGAGUUUCUGUCCUGCUGUCCUUAAAGCAGGAUUUUGGGUGUGCUGUGGGGAGCACCCACCCUGGCUAUCCCUGACAUACUGCCCUCCCACAGGCAGCACCCUCUGAGGAAUAUUUGCACGCUGCGGAGCACAUUUCUCUUCAGCAGCAAGCAACAUACCCCGGGCUGGCAGCCCCCAGCUGUGGCUGUGACUGACUUGCUGGUGCAGAGAUGCAGAGGAUGAGGGAGGACAUGAGGGUUGCAGAUGUCUGUGGAGGUGAUCAGUGGACAAGGCCGAGCUCCAAGGCAGGGAACUCAUGCCAUGCAAGGUGGGGACACUGUUGGGGAGAGGGUUUGGUGGUUUGUGAUGGGGCAGAGGGGAUUUCCUGGGCAGAGCCGGUCCCCGGGCUGGUGGCAGCAGCAUCCCAGUAGUGUGUGAUGAACUCGGGGGUCCCUGCAGACUGCUCAGCUCCAGUGCCACCACGAGCUGCUGUUGGGGUGGAAGUCAGUGUGGCUGAGCCUCCUCCACCUCCAUACACCCACUGGUGCCCGUUCUGCACCCCUUUGUGUGUUCAUGUACCAGGCUGUGUAGUGCAGGGGUGCCCUGGAGGAGAGCUGACCCCUAAGUCCCUUGGGCGGUUUUGUGGGCUCUCCUUCUCUGCAACCUGGGUGCCCCGAGGGACCCCAGAGGGUGCCAGGGCAGGAAGAGGGAGGGCCAAGGCAGGUCUCUCCUCCCCUGCCCUCCCCUCUCCUGCGUUGCUGGGUCUGUUGCUGCCAGAGCAGCUGCCGGCUGGGGCUGAGUGUCAGGGGGAUGGCGGCUGCUGAGGCACCCUGGGACCUGCAGGGGCUGCAAACGGUGGGCAUCAUCCUGCUGCUCUGCUCCAGCCUCAAGAUACUCCAUGCUCUGGGCAUCAUCGACCUGACCAGGGGAGGCAACCCGCCAGUCCAAACUAAAAAAGCGCUGAAGCAGCGAUUCCUCAAACUGCUGCCCUGCUGCCGGCCCAAAUCCAUCCCCUCGCUCAGUGAAAACAGUGUUGAGGAUGAGUUUGAGCUCUCCACCGUCUGCCACCGCCCUGAGGGGCUGGAUCAGCUCCAGGAGCAGACCAAGUUCACCCGCAAAGAGCUGCAGGUCCUGUACCGAGGCUUCAAGAAUGAGUGCCCAAGUGGCAUUGUCAACGAAGAAAACUUCAAGCAGAUCUAUUCACAGUUCUUCCCUCAAGGAGACUCCAGCACCUAUGCCACCUUCCUCUUCAAUGCCUUUGACACCGACCAUGAUGGCUCCGUCAGCUUUGAGGACUUUGUGUCUGGACUGUCUACCAUCCUGCGGGGCACCAUUGAUGAUCGCCUGAACUGGGCCUUCAACCUCUAUGACCUGAACAAAGAUGGCUGCAUCACCAGAGAGGAAAUGCUGGACAUCAUGAAGUCCAUCUACGACAUGAUGGGCAAAUACACCUACCCGGCCAUGAGGGAGGAUGCACCACGGGAGCAUGUGGAGAACUUCUUCCAGAAAAUGGACCGGAAUAAGGAUGGCGUGGUGACAAUCGAGGAGUUCCUGGAGUCCUGCCAGAAGGACGAGAACAUCAUGCGAUCCAUGCAGCUCUUCGACAGCGUGAUUUAGCUCCCGGACUUGCCUCCAGACAAGAGCUCUCCUGACACUGGGCCCAGAACCUUCCUCUCUCUCUUGACUUUUCCUUUGAGACUCCCCUCCUCCGGCUGCACAGACACCCCUAUGGAAAGGGGCUUUCCUUCCCUGAGAUGCAGUUGGCGCUGAGAUCUUCCCUUUCCCCUGGCCCAGCUCUGCUUUUCUUGGGGGAUCCCAAGCAGGGAUGUUGGAGCAUGGGCAUGGCUGGCACAGGAGGAGAAUUUCACCUGGAUGGACCUCCCUGCACCCAAUCCUGGUGGAAAAGACGCAUCCUUGGGCUGCACUAGAGGUUUUCCCCAUGCACCCCACCCUGUGCAGCCACAGCUCGCCUCCCCUGAUGCUGCCCAGCCCCAGGAGCCCCCAGUCUUGGCUCCAGCCCAAAUCUUCCAGCAACAUUAUCUAGAAACCAAUAAAAUUUUGCGAUGGGCACAGCCGUUGCCUCAGCUUCCACCCCUGCCCUGGCUGUGCCCUGCUGUGGGAAGCAUGUCCAGUGUGUCCACUGUGAACCACUGGCCAGUGGGUGGGCAGAGGGGCUGUGCCUGGAGAAAGCAGCCAAAUGAGCCCUUGGGUUCAUUGCUGCAUGAGCUAUGAGGAGCAUCCCCUGAUCUUAGGGAUCCUGGUUACACCUACAAAGCUCUUCCUGACAGGGACAGAGGGGAGGUGAUUUAUUUUCCCCCAGGAUGGAUGAUGCAGGGCUGGAAGAGCUGCAGCCUCAGCCCCUGUCCCUCAGGUUUGGGAUGCUGGCACAGGGAGACUCCAGGGAUCCACUUUGAGGCUCCAGUGAAGAGGCAUCCUUUCCAACCCUUCCUGAGGACACGACAGCCAGGGCACAUGUGGAAGAGGGAGAUGGGCUGGUCUCUGGUGGCUGUUCUGGCCCCAUAGGGCUCACAGCCAUGCUCCUGGCAUCGUUUGCUGCUGACCUUGCCCUGCUCCUGUGCCCUGGCCCAUCCCCUGCUUCCCUGGGGACUGGGGAAUGAGCAGUGAGGCAGAGAGGUGUCCCCAUAGGCAUAGCUCUGUGUUGGUGACAUGGCUGAGCUGGCUGAGAAUGUCGAGGCUGGGGUUAGACAGGAGUCACUGCCAUGCUGCUGUCAGGCUGGAGGGUCACCUUGGGGCAGGGGGUUCUUCUUUUCCCAGCAUGGUCAUGUGAGAGUCUGCUUGGGGACCUUGGGGACAGGGACCCUGGGUGGUUUUGUCACCACCAGCUCUUUGGAGAUGGAUGUGUGCAGGCAGGCCUGUCCUGUCCACAUACCACUCCAAGUCAUAGCUGGGAGAGUGAUGCCCAUGGGCUAAUGAUCCCAUGCCCACUCCAGAAGCCCCUCACAGGCACGGGGAAUGUACCCAUCCCUGGCAGCCCCAGGGAGAUUAGCUCCACUCUCUGUAUCCUUGGCCAGAGGUGGUUUGGGGCUGGCUUGAUCUGUGAUGUCUGGGAUCAGCAUCCCUGCUGGGCCAGACCCAGGCUGAGCCCUUGGGGUUGGAGACAUUAAAAUUUAACCUCUGGGGCUCUGAGCCAAAACUAUGGGGCUGCUUCCCAGGGGGGACUGUUCCUGUCCCAGCCCUUGCAGUUAUCACAUGUUUUUUAGGCUCAUUUGACACAUUAUUUAUCUUGCAGAGAUGAUGUGUUUUUAGGUUCAUUCAACACACCGUUCAUCUCACAGACCCAGGUUUGCUGUGGGACUGAGCUCCCACUUGCAUUCUCCUAAGGGUGGGAGGGCUCUACCCCUCCAUCUCUUUGGCCCUGGUCUCCCUCCUCCCAGCUCUCUGGGGUUCCCAUUGUUUGCUGCCAUGUGGAGCACCUGCCACCUCCCCACUCACGCUGUAGGUCGCAUGGUGUGACCCCCCUGCCCCGGGGCAUGGUGACCCACAACCUGCUUGGCAUCUCCAGUCUGUAUAUUUUGUAUUAUAAUAAUUAUAUGAGUUAAAAAACAAAACAACAACAACAAAAAAACCAACAAAAAACCAAUAAAAUCUAACCACAAUCGCUAUGCACACUACUGUUA